GCUGAUUGGAGGCGAAACUUUUGCGGAUUACUCCUAAUGAAAUCUAAAUAUUUUUUAAUAGAAUUUAAUACACAGUAGUUAACAUUUGUAAAAAAAUAUGUUUUCUUUUCUAAAAAGUCGUCCAGUUUUUUGGGCCAGUGUCACAGGCACCACGGUGGGUGUUGCGUUUUUUAUUAAGGAUUUAAUGCAAGGAGAGAUGUUCAAAAAUCCCAUAAGAGCUGAGAACAAGGUAGUGAUUGUGACAGGGGCCAAUACAGGUAUUGGCAAGGAAACGGUGCGUGAGUUGGCUAAUCGAGGUGCAACCAUUUACAUGGCCUGUCGCGAUAUGCAAAAAUGCGAAGAGGCCCGCGACGAACUCGUUUUAGAAAGCUCCAAUAAACACAUCUAUUGCCGGCAUUGCGAUUUAGCAUCGAUGGAUUCCGUACGUAAAUUUGUUGAUGGUUUCAAAAAGGAACAGGAGAGACUAGAUAUCCUUAUUAACAAUGCUGGUGUUAUGCGUUGUCCCCGUUCAAGUACAAAGGAUGGUUUCGAAAUGCAGUUGGGGGUCAAUCACAUGGGCCACUUUCUCCUAACUAAUUUGCUGCUUGAUUUGUUAAAAAAAUCUGUGCCGAGUCGUAUUGUUACUGUUUCUAGUUUAGCGCAUACACGUGGAGAAAUCAACACAGGUGACUUAAAUAGUGAUAAAGCGUACAACCCAGGUAGAGCUUACAAUCAAAGCAAAUUGGCCAAUAUAUUAUUUACACGUGAACUGGCAAAACGUUUGGAGGGUACAGGUGUUUCAGCUAAUGCGCUACAUCCUGGCGUUGUAGAUACGGAACUUUUCAGACAUAUGGGCUUCUUUAACAGUUUCUUUGCUAAUUUGUUCUUCAAACCACUAUUUUGGCCCUUCAUUAAGUCAGCUAAAAAUGGUGCUCAAACCACGCUGUAUGUUGCCUUGGAUCCAGAGUUAGCCAAUGUCUCAGGAAAGUACUUCAGCGAUUGUAAUUUGAAAGACGUAGCGCCAGCUGCUAUGGACGAUGCUUUAGCGAAGUGGCUGUGGGCUGUGAGUGAAAAAUGGACUAAGUUAAGCAAAUGAAUAUAUGAAUAUUAUAAUAUAUUCAUAUAUAUAAUAUAAAUAAAAUAAUAUAAAUAAAAAUAUUUUUGUUUUUA